AUUGCUGGGUUAGUUCAGAAAACUUCAAGUUUAUUUGUGAUAUGUUUCUGGAUCGUUCAGAUUUUGUCCUUCAGUGUCACUUCAUUUGACCUCCUGGAGGAACCACCAGGUGCUGCAGAGCCAAAACGAUUAAUUAGUUGAUUGACAUAAGAUGACUAACUGAUUAAUCAUCUGACUGAGUUUGAGUCCAUAACAUCCUACUAACUAACUGACUGACUGACAUCAGGUCCCAGUCCGGUCCCGGUGUGGUAUUUUGGUGGAGCUCCAGUAAACACAGAGAGCUUUGAGCAGAGCGCUGAGUCAGCUCAUCUGCUGCACAGCUCAGCCGUCACUCUGCUGUCAGUAAUCAUCAACACCCUCACCGACUGCUUUCUCACUUCAUCGAUUCACUGUUUGGUCUGCAGAAAUGUGAAGAAUGUCUUAUUUUCCUGGGUGAAGUGAACUCUCCUUUACCUGCAGUGAAGGAAAGCUUUGAAAAAUAACUCGUGAGGAAUUGAUGCUCCAAAUGGUUUGUGAUGAAUGUUCUGUCCGCCUGCUGAUCGAUUGUUCAGCUGCAGUGCUGUCAGGUCCUUCCAGAUGACUGAACGGUGCAGAAGCUGGUGGUAAUCCAACUGAGAUGUUUAGUGACGUUUGAAUUCCAUGAACUAACCAGACUUCUGUUUCCUGUCAGCUUCCAACAAGCCAACUGGACGGAGAUCAGAAUGUUUGGAGGUAUUUCUGAGAGGAUCCAGAAGGACCGGCAGAAGGCUGGAGGUCUGGGCUCGGUCGAGCAGGCCGUACGCCACCAGAACCAGGACUUCCAGGCUCUGAGGCAGGACUGUCUGCAGAAUGGAUCCUUAUUUGAGGAUCCAAUGUUCCCAGCAGAACCAGCUUCACUGGGCUUCAAGGAACUCGGACCUUUCACCACCAAAACCAGAGGGGUGGAGUGGAAGAGACCCACGGAGCUGACAGAGAACCCUCAGUUCAUCGUGGGUGGAGCCACCAGGACGGACAUCUGUCAGGGAGUGCUGGGCGACUGCUGGCUGCUGGCUGCCAUCGGCUCGCUGACUCUGAAUGAGCGGCUGCUGCAUCGCGUCGUUCCUCACAGUCAGAGCUUCAACCACCAGUACGCUGGCAUCUUCCACUUCCAGUUCUGGCAGUUCGGUGAGUGGGUGGACGUGGUGAUCGAUGACCGUCUGCCGGUCAAAGAAGGAGAGCUGAUGUUUGUGCACUCGGCUGAAGGCAACGAGUUCUGGAGCGCCCUGCUGGAGAAGGCCUACGCCAAGCUGAACGGCUCGUACGAAGCUUUGUCCGGAGGCAGCACCACUGAAGGCUUUGAGGACUUUACGGGUGGAGUGGCCGAGAUGUACGAGCUGAAGAAAGCCCCCAGAGAUCUCUAUCGUAUCAUCAGCAAAGCUCUGGAGAAAGGAUCACUGCUCGGCUGCUCUAUCGACAUCACCAGUGCCUUCGACAUGGAGGCGGUGACCUUCAAGAAGCUGGUCAAAGGCCACGCCUACUCUGUGACGGGACUCAGACAGGUGGAGUACCGCGGCCAGCAGGAGCGCCUGAUCCGGAUCAGAAACCCCUGGGGUCAGGUGGAGUGGACCGGAGCCUGGAGUGACAAUUCCUCAGAGUGGAGCGCCAUCGACUCUGCCGAGAAGGACGAGCUGCUCUGUAAAAUGGAGGAUGGAGAGUUCUGGAUGUCUUUCCAGGAGUUUCUCCGUCAGUUCUCCAGGCUGGAGAUCUGUAACCUGACCCCUGACGCUCUCAGCGAGGACUCCACCAAUUUCUGGAACACCACAAUGUUUGAGGGCAGCUGGAGGAGAGGAAGCACUGCUGGGGGCUGCAGGAACCAUCCCAACACGUUCUGGAUCAACCCUCAGUAUAAGAUCUGCCUGCUGGAGGAGGAUGAUGACCCCGAGGAUGAGGAGGCUUCCUGCAGCUUCCUGGUAGCUCUGAUGCAGAAAGACCGCAGACGCUACCGCCGCCACGGCCAGGAUGUACACACCAUCGGCUUCGCCAUUUACGAGAUCCCUGAGGAGUAUCAAGGUUGUCCGAGCGUCCACAUGAAGAAGGAUUUCUUCCUGCGUCACUCCUCCUGCGCUCGCUCAGAGACCUUCAUCAACCUACGAGAGGUGAGCGCCAGGCUCCGCCUCCCACCAGGCGAGUACCUGAUUGUCCCCUCAACCUUUGAACCCGCCAAGGAGGCCGACUUCGUCCUGAGAGUUUUCACCGAGAAGCAGUCUGAGACCGACGAGAUGGACGACGAUGUGGUGGCAACCUUUGAAGAAGAGGAGGAAAUCUCAGAGAGCGACAUCGAUGACUCAUUCAGGUCCAUGUUCGCCCAGCUGUCAGGAGACGACAUGGAGAUCUCAGUGCGAGAGCUCAGGACCAUCCUGAACCGAGUCGUGUCCAAACACAGAGAUCUGCAGACCGAUGGUUUCAGUAUGGAGUCCUGCAGAGCCAUGGUCAGCCUCAUGGACAAAGACGGCAGCGCUCGCCUCGGUCUGCUGGAGUUUCAGAUUCUCUGGAACAAGAUCAGGAAGUGGCUGGGGAUCUUCAGAGAGUUUGAUCUGGAUAAAUCAGGAUGUAUGAGCUCCUACGAGAUGCGUCUGGCAUUGGAAAACGGCGGAUUCAAACUGAACAACAAACUCUAUCAGAUGCUGGUCGCUCGAUACGCCGACAACGAGAUCAUCGACUUUGACAACUUCACCUGCUGUCUGGUCAAACUGGAGGCCAUGUUCAAGGCCUUCCAGGAGCUGGACCGAGACGGGACAGGAACUGUCGAGAUUAACAUCGUUGAGUGGCUGUAUGUCACCAUGUGUGGCUGAAGACGAAGAAGAACCUCAGCUUCAAAGUGCCUCCAACAGGAAGAACAACAGGAAACCAAACAAGCGAGCCAACUAAUUCACUGCAGUCGUACCACAACACCACUACUGCUGCAGUACUGCUAUUGCAAUUAUUAAUAUAUAUAUAUAUAUAUAUAUACUGUUAGAACUAUUGUCAAAAGGUUCCGUCAUCAUUACGGAGGAUCACUUCUUCCAGAACAGAACGUCAACAUAAUUCAGACUUUGGUAAACUGAAUCUCUCUGAAUGAGUGUUUUCAUCUGAGCUCUGACAGAAAAUAAAGAUUAAAUAAAGUAUUAAUUAGAUGAAUUAACGAGACUGGAAUUUCACUGCCAGCAAAGUUUCUGCUGACACUCAGUUUUCAGGAAGUUGAACUGACGUGUUGAGUCGCACCUGCCAGUGAAUAUCUAAGACCUGAACAUGUGAGGAAAUAACAUCUGAAAAUCAGACCGCUGAUCCAGGAGCAGCUUGCGUUUUGAUUUCUGGUCGCAGUGAACCUCCGUACUGUGAAGUGUACACACUGUGACAACCUGCAGUGGAAACAGUACUGCAUUACAGUACCACAUCACAGUAUAACGGCGCAGAAGCCUGACCUGCUGCUUCACUUAUGUACUACUGCUUUUAUUUAUCUGUUCACGGAUGAGACUGAGCUGCUGUCUGCCGCCUCCAUCGCUCCUCCACCCUCAGUCCUCCUGGGGACUGAAGGAGCCCAGCCUGAGAGUCGCAGCUCUGGGUUUACCUUCCCUGAGGCUGAAGAACAGCGAAGGCCUCAGCAGGUGCAGGCGUUCAGGUUCAGCUCGGACAUACAAACUCUCAUGUAGCAGAGCCUGAGGGAAACCUCAGCUUUUCACUUAUUAAAGGAAACAGAACAAG